AUGUAUUACUUAACAAAUGGUAAAAUGGUAAUAAUGCUGUUUAUCGUAACGAGAAUCGUUGUCGAUUCGUACGUGAUCAAUCACGUUCCCGAGAGAAAGAUCAUACCACCAACGCCGAAAUUUCAAGGCACAUUCAACGAAACUCACGCGCAUCAAACCAUCGCGAAUCGCAUAAGAUCGUGGACAAAAGCGGAGAAACAGAACGUGUGGGAAUUGAGCGGUUUGUACGAAGGAGAUAUAAUGCUUAACACGGAAGAAAAUGGUGCAAAAAAUGGUCUGGUAAAUGCCAAGUUUCGUUGGUCAGGUGGAGUUGUACCGUAUUAUAUAAAGGAAGAGGAUUUCGACGAGGAGGACAUCGAGUUAAUCGAGGGUGCUAUGAAAGAAUAUCACAAAAAUACGUGUAUACGUUUUCGUCCUUAUCAGAAAACCGACCGUGACUAUGUCACUAUAGAGGGCAAGAUGUCGGGAUGUUGGUCUUUAGUUGGCAGACACGAUCGUGGACAAGUUGUAAAUUUACAAAAUCCAGGAUGCGUGCAACACGGUGUGAUUGUUCACGAGCUGAUGCACGCACUAGGCUUUUAUCACCAACAAAGUGCUGCGGAUCGUGACGAAUGGGUCACGAUAAAUUGGGAAAAUAUAAAACCAGGGAAGGAGCACAAUUUUAAUAAAUAUGACAAUAAAACUGUCACUGACUAUGGAAUCAGUUACGAUUAUAUGAGCGUGAUGCACUAUAGUUCCUAUGCGUUUUCGAAAAAUGGUGACCCGACUAUUGCACCGAAAAAGGAAGAGAUCAAACUUGGCCAACGAAAAGGACUCAGCGUCAAGGAUAUGCUAAAGUUGCAAGAAAUGUAUAAAGAGGAAUGUCGUGAUCGGCAAGUGAAUAAAACAAUGGAUAACGACGAUUCGUUGGACGAUGUAUCCGCCAUCGAAUGGAUACUCGAUUUACCAUCUUAA